CGAAGUUUUUACGAUGUAACGUCGGAUAGAGAUCGGCGAUGCCGAAAACUGCCCGACUCUGCUUCCCGUGCAGUAGACACGCAGUCAUCUUUCACGCAUCCCAAGUUCUGUUAUGGAAAUCAGCUGAAUUGAAGCCUUGUAGUAUGUGAAUUGAUUUUAUUUCUCGACUGAAUUGAAUUUUCUGUUUGAACAAUGGCAGAUGCGGCAAACAAUGGUGGUAUCCCCAAAGGAAUGAGGAUUUUAGUGCGAUUCUGGGGCGCUGUGUCGGGAUUAUGUGAGUGUUGUUCUCUGACCAUUUUUGAUCAUUUCAACUUUGUUUUCAAUCCAAAAAUCAGAAUUCGUUAUUCUCACUAGAGUUCUCACUAGAGUUCCUGCUUUCCCCCGCUUUUUAUAAUUUAAUGAUCUGGAUAUUAGGAUAAAACUGGAACUAACUGAUUUUUGUCUCACAAACUACGGGUCCGUAAUAUUUUUGACACCCGGAAAGCCGGUAUUUGUAAAUGAAUACCCGACAGAAAUCUGAAGGAUCUCCCUUGUAAACAGUCUGACAUUAUAUUCGCUUUAAAUAUUUUACACCGUUGCCCUUUCUUCGUUUAAGGAAAUUGACGUUCUUGUUCGAAUUUUACCUAGUAUGAAAAGUAAAACUAGGAGCUUGUUUCAAUUUUUUCGCCUCGUCGCAAACGGGCAAAAUAAAACGUUUACAAAAGCUCAUCUAUUGAAUUUAGGAUGUUGGGUACUUACGAGUUUUAAAUUUUGAAUAAAACACUGAAUGUUUAAACAAAUUUAUUUGGAAAAAAGAUUUUAAAAUGCUAGUUCAGUUUUACCUUGGCCUGGUACAAAGUGAACAAAUAGCUUCAUUUGGGGUUUUCAUCAUAUCCUGCAGACCAGUUUCCGCUUUAUUUACCUCUGAUAACUUGAGCCAUGUUUGCCAAGCAUGUGACAAGUCAAAACAAACCAAGCAUUGCAGACCAAAGUGUUGAAUCUAUUUAAGUAGCAACAUAUUUGUUAACAUUUUUCACAUUAAACUAAAUGUGUCAAUAAACCACUUCAUAUGUUGCUUCUUUCGGGUCCUAUCAAAGCCCCUCUGAAAAUAAACUGUGCCCCCCCCGGGGGGGGGUACUUCCUUACGAGAGGCUAAUAGGAUGCGCUGCUGUAUGGGGUCUCAUUUACCCGACUGGGUUGACUAAGAUGGGGUCUAUAAUUGGCCACAGAAUAGACUAUAAUGGGGUAGGGGCACCGAGAGGUCAGUGGCACAUACCCAGCAAAAAUUUACCCAAGUACUUCCCCCCGCCGGAACUGUGCCAUGCCAACCUUUUGUAUAAGAAAUGGAAAUGGCAUACUUUGCUUUGUUUUAUUUUAUGAUAUUAUGUUUUGCUCUGUAAUUUACAAAUAUCUUUCCUUUUUCUCUUGACUUCUCUAUAAUUCAAUUUGCAUGAUUAAAUAUUCACUGUACAGUGAAAAAACCUUCUUUCCUUAUCAUCAAUACCUCAAACCUUUUUCUAUUUCCCUUGAAUGUUAGAGUUAUCAGUGGUCAAGUGAAUUAUGUUUGAGCAAGGGUGGUGCAGUGGUAAGAGCGCUUGCAUCCGACCAUGGUGGCCCGGGUUCAAAUCUUGGCAUUGACAUCACAUGUGGGUUAAGUUUUUUGUUGGUUCUCAACUUUGGUCCAAGAGGUUUAUUUUCAGGUGACCUAGUUUUCCCGUCUCAAAAACCACCAUUUUCAAAUUCCAGUUGGACCAGAAAUGGUAGACGAAAGUCACUACGUUGAUGUGCUUCUUCUAAAUCAUUAUCGUUUAUUUAUAUAUUUAUUUAUUAUAAGUAUUUCAUUAAAAAACAGGCAACAAGUCUUGUGCUUGUAAUAACUUGCAUAUCUGUUUUGUUAUUAAUUUUUCAGGUUCUGCUGCUCUUGGCUUCUUUGUUCUUUUCACACUAUCAGCAACAUGUUUAGGAAUGGGAAUAUAUAUGAUGUAAGUCUUAUUUCGAGGGCCAGGGCAUGUAAUUUGUAAAUCUUGUAGUGGCCUUUUGGGCAAUUAUUGUUAGGACUAAAUUUCUGGUAUAUAGAAGAGAAAUACCAUCAGGCUCAUAUGCCUUGUGGUGUGGAAAGUAUGUGACCUAUUCAUGUAUUAGUUACACUCAGCAACAGAAAUGAGCGUGGCGGGGAGGUGCUUGAGAGGCUGGUGAAACCACGAACUGCAGCCAAGUGCAAUGCAUAAUCUUAACAACCCUAAGAGUGGCAUCCACUGAGGUACCGUCACACUGCCAACCAGUGGAACCUAACAUACUUACCAUAUACACACUUCAUAAGCACAAGUCACAACAGGCAAUGACACUCGAACUCAAGAGAAUGCCUGUAAAAAGACCCACAAGACCUUACGAUGCAAUAUCAUGAUGAGAGAAACAGCUGGCCGGCACUAUCUCGAGUUUAACUCUGCCUAAAUUUCAUGUAGCCACGUAAAAUCACCUAAGUGCAAAAAAGCUUAAUCUAAGGUGGUGUUUGGUUGGGAUCAACUAAUGGUAUUUUUGGUUGGAUGUGUUUUCUUGUGUUUUAUUCGGAAAAAAUCGUACUGUUAGGUAAGGACUUAGUCUGUAUUGUAAUGCACUAAUUUUUUCAUUUAAAUAAUGUUCUUUGUCUCAAGUGUUUGGUAUUUUCUCAUGUAUGUUUCAUUAGUUUGUACUCAUCAUAGUGGUAGUCCACUUUACAGCAUUAAUUCAAACUUUUUCUUUUGUUUAAAAUAAUUGUUCAAACUAGUUUCUUUUUUAUUUCCAUUUUCUUUUGUCUCAUUUGCUUGAGAUAAUGAUAAUAUUAUUAUGGACCUAAAAAUGACCAGAAACAUUUUUAAUGUUUUAGAUUAAUGGGUGCACUAGUUCUUGGCUUUGAAGCUCCAGUGUGUUGUCAAUAUGUACCAGCUCUAGUAACCAUGAGCAACUGGAUUGAUACCCACUUUAGAUUCUGGAUGAGAGGAACCUUGUAUUUCCUGUAAGUUCUAGUCACUGUUAAAAGAUGUCAGUAAUCCUGCAGUCUGUACAGGACUCAAAAUAAUGGCCAGUCAACCAACAUUGUUUGACCAUGAUGACUAUUUAUGCAGGUCAUUAAGGUUUGCUUGUCAUUUUCACCUGACAUGUGCACUGUACAUUGAUUGAAAAUAAGUGACUGGAUGAAAUUACGGUAUAUUUUUACAUAAUCAUGUACAUUUAUCAAGAAAACAAGCAUCGCUUUUCUUUCUUUCACUUCAGAAAACAUAUUCCAUCAGUUUUCAAAAGUGUACAGGGGAGGCAAAAUGAGCCAGGAGCCAGUGGAUUGGCAGUUUCCAUUAGUCUUAGAGUAUUUUCCACCUACCGGUACUCAAUAACACUCAGGUCUAAUGACAUUUUAUAAAAGCCAGACAGGUUUAGGCCUUUACAGCCUGAAUAUCCCCCUUAAUCUUAAAAAACAUUUCAAUUGGGGUGGGUUUAGAUGCAGGACUUAGUGAUUUCAAGUUUUAGUAGACCUCUUUAGCUUGUUAAUUGUUUUGUUUUCCCAUUAGUAGUGAUGAUACUCUUGAGGUCUCAGUUUCUUUCAAAUUUUGUCUUAUUCACACACAAUUUGUGAAAAGACAAGUUCCCCUGGGACCUUCUAUUGGAAAACAAAAUGUACAAGCUCUAAAAGAGGCCUGUUUUAUGAUUUGUGUUACAGGUUGGCUAUUCUUCCAGUAAUAUUUUGCCUUGAAGUGUCCACAUUUGUUGGCUGUGGCUCCAUCAUGAUAACUGCUGCCUUGUACGGUGUCUUAGCUAUUGGCAAAAAGUAAGUACAAUUAGCAGUUAAAAGAAAGAAAGUGUGAUAAAAAUUAAUUUUUUUUAAAUUUUAAAAUGGCAAUAGUUUCAGGGGUGGGUGCAGUACAUAAAUGGUUAAAUUUAAUGAAAAUUAAAGCUAAGGCUUAAUUGUACAUGUAUCAUUUAGUCAAAAUUGAUUGCAGGCUAGUGUCCUUCUAAGAUGUUUAAUAGUCUUGACUUGUUUAGACAUGAUGACCUCAUACAAAUCCCAAAGAGGCAUUUUUGUAGGGUUUAUAUUCACAAAUAGCAGUGAGAAAGUAACUCAAAUCCUGUGUAAAAUUAAUUGACAUAAAGAGUCGGUGGGAGUUCAUUCUUCUUUGCUGGUUCUUAUGAGUACACUGAGUUCAAGUUAAGGCUCCCCUGCUAAAAAACUAGAUAACUUCAUUAUUUGUAGUUGAUUAACAGGAUACUGGAUUAUUUUGCAUUUUAGGGGAGCUGAUGCCAACCAGAAUGCUAAUAAUGAGGACAUUGAGAUGAAAACAAAUCUAGUUGAUAACAAAGGUGACCCAAAUCAGACUGAACCCUGAUCUGUGACAGGAAAUUGUUUGCACCUAGUUUCAACAAAAGUGUAUUGUACAUACACACUCUAUUCUACAGUUAGUUAUAUUUAUUACAGUAACUAUUGUAAUAUAUCAUGUUCCUAAACUAUCUUAAUUUAUUUUACAAAAAGAUUUUUUAAAAAUUAAAAGAAAUUAUGGUAUGCUUUUUCAACUUGAAAUAUGACUUUUGGUGACUGCAAGAUAAAUGACACAAAUCUUAUUAUUUACCUUAUUAUAUGGGAUACCAGUUGUAAUAGGGGAAAAGGAGGGGAAAACACAAAACUUAUUUAUAGUGAAUAAAGGUCUGCUCAGCUGUCAGUAGAAUCAACUCAAAUUAUUACAAUAACUGAAAUAUCUUGACAUGCAGUGGACUGAUAUUUUGGCUCCAAAGGAGACUUGAAAGGGUUUCAUGCUGUUAUCAGACAUAGCUGCAUAUGAAUAUUAUGUCUGCUGACCAAUGUAAGGUCCAUGGGUGGUAGUGUCUCUAUGUGUGAUAGUGUUUGGAUGUAUUUAGGACUACAAGCCAAACAAGAGUAAAGGUUAAAGUUUACCACACAAAAAGGUUUGAAGCUAGAGUAAGAGGAUGGUUGUGCAUGCAAAUGACCAACACAGUUCCAACUUGUCAUGUAUCCAAUAGCUAAGGCAGACAUGAAUUAAUUCUUCAUUUCGGCUAUGUUCAAAAGCCAAUUAAUUUAUUAUAAUUAAUUUAUAUGUUUACUUCUGUCUAUAAUAGUACUUAAUAGUACACACUUGGAACACAGUGUCGCAUAUAUAUAAAUGAUUCUUUUAAAUUUAUUUUGAAUAGUGUUUUAUUCAACUCCCUUAGUACUUAAACAACAGCAAUACUGUUUUAUUUGAAAUUCUCUCACAGUCAGAGCAAAUUUUGUCAUCUUACUUUUUUAUUUCCGGACCAAAAUAGAUAAAACUCAAUGAUGUACACAUUGAGGUGUUUUAUUUUUGCUUGUAGCAUUGUUUGGGGAUUAAUGGAUUAUUUAAUUGAAACCUUUUUCAUCUUCUUUAGAGGGUGAAUUUAAUUGCAGCAUGCAAAUAUUGCCAUCACAUUUGCCUGUUGAAAUGUUUUAUUGUGUUCUUAGCUUAAAAACAAUGUAAUAUUCAACAGAGAAAUAUGACGGCUGUAAUCCUCCAAAAGGCCCUUUUCAGCACUAAGCAAAACGCACUGAUAAGGCAUUGGAAAAUUGCUGUUACAUUUCCAAUGCUACCAUUUCCAUGCAUAUGACAAGUAAAUUAUUAUACAUUAAUUGAAAAAAGACAAACAGUGCCAUCCUCUUUCGUUUUGCUGUUUGUUCCCGAUUUAAUUAUACUUUGAAUGUGGGUUAAUGUAUAAAUAAAAAAAUUAUUUAUUAAAUUAUUGAAACUUGAAGGCAAUUCAACUCCAGCGAACAAACUUUAAAUGUAUAUGAGUUCCACAUGAAAGUUAGGAGAGGGGCGUCUUCCAUAAAAGUUAUGGGGAUACUCGUCGGAAAAUUAAAAUUGAACCCUGAAGUUAAACCCAGAUCUGGGUAGUGACACGUCAUCAGUAUGGAAUUUCUGCGCUCGUUUCUCAGGCGUCAUUUCGCGGGGAAACCAGUGGUGGCGUCGCGAAAUGUAGGCUAUUUUCCCAGACUAGGUUUGUUUUACAUGAGUUGAAUUAUGGCUUUAUUUAGUGAUUUGUUUUGGUGAGUAACAAUGAUUAAAGCGCAGUGAAGGUUGAGCGUGCUUGCAACACGUCUUUGACAACCGGAAAAAUCAUCAACUUUCCUUCAGAAGCUUUUAUGGAAAGUGCUGGCGUACGGUAUUUACGCACGAGUUGUUGACGUAUCCGAAAUCGAACGAGUGAGCGCAGCGAACGAGUAAGAUUUCUGAUACAACAACAACGAGUGCGUAAAUACCGUACAAAGCACUUUCCAUGUGGUAUUGUGUUUAUUAUAUACAUACUGAGUCAUUCAUCAUUUUGCGGGCCUUUUUAUUUUAAAUCUUUCAAAAAUGCUAAAAUUUGCCGCUACACACUUACCGCAAAAUGACAACGAAAACGAAGUAUCAGCUUUUUAGUAAAAACGUUUGUUAAAAACAUAAAUGACGGUGAGGAUAUGAGGUUUAAUCCAAGAACUAUACAAGUAAUCUUAACUGUUUGUUCUCAAUGCACAAUUGAGAAUGAGUGAAUUUAAGUAAAAUGGCCGGUUUCAAUAUAAGCUUAAGCUUAAAUGAAAGGCAAAGUAGCUCCGACAAAAAGCACAACAAAAGCUUACGUCUCGUUCUGUUUAUCCCUUUCCGCUGUUGUUUCGCCGGCUCUCUACCGUAUUUUUUUAUCGACAGUGAAACAAACGAAACUAUUCCACUCCAUUUCCGAAAUGUUUUUCACUUUUUUAGCGAGAAAAACUCCUUGAGUAAAACUUUUCUCGUUGAUAAAUGAGUGCGAAGCGGCGCUGCAAGCUGCAAUAAAAGGCGGGAAUUUUGGCGCGAAACUCGCACACCUCUGUGGCUUCUGAUUGGACGUAUCAUUUUUCUCACACGUGAAAAAACAUCGUUCGCGAUUCUGAUUGGACGUAUCGUUUUUUUCACGUGUGAAAACCAUCGUUCGCUCCUCUGAUUGGCUAUAACUAAUUUGCGUACGAAUAUUUACGACAUAGCUUUUUGGUGAGUAUUUCUCAGUAUGUAUAUAAUAAA